CGCACCAGCAAAGAACAAGUAGCUAGCUCGCAGCUCCCUUUUGAUGCCAAAAAGAGGCCACGAAUCGAAUAAUAAUUGAAUAGCUGUCUAGUAACUUUAGCUAUAUUUUGUCAGAUCCUUUCAGCCAAGUGUGGACCUUCGCGGGGGAAUAUUUUUAGGUAAGCUGGCAAAUAAUUGAAACCUCUAUUGUUAACUAGCAGUCUUGCAACUUGGUUAAGAAGAGCAAACUUUUCAAUCAAACUCCCUCAACGUGAUUCGAAAUGAGUGAGAAGAUGGUAAAUAUUCUGAAUUUGAAAGGCGAUUGACAUCAUCGGAUGGCUAGUUUUUUGUGAGAAAGCUUGUUAGAGCGGGUGAAUGGAAAAUGGCAUACUUGAUGGCUCGGCCAUUUUCUGGCCAGCUUCUCUCUCUAAUUUAGGAGAAAUGAACUCGUUUCCAUCGACUGUAUGUGGAAACUAUUAGGUUUAGGUGAACGUGUGGAAUCUGGUGUAUAUGUAUGCAUGGUUUUGUGACAAUUGUUGCAGUAUUUCAUAUUGUUUGUCGUCCUUUAACAUUGUCCCACUUCAAUUUCCCCGCGCCCAGAUCUUUUGACGAGUUGGCUUUGUGAGACUUACGUGGGGGGUUGGGUUGUGGUGUUAUUACCUAAAAAUCAGAACAAAUAAAUAUAUUUCAUGUUUCCAGGAACUCUAUUGGAGGGAUACACGUGGGAUAUAAUGCCAAGAAAUGGGUAAGUUUCAGUUUCGCAGUUUGACCUAGUCUUGUCAAUCAAUGUCGCUAGCUAGGUGACGAAAAAAAGUUGUCACGUUAGGUAGCUGACUUGCUAACAAACUAGCCGCAGCUCAGCUAGUUAGCUAGCAAUAGCUAACACGUUUCUCACCAUUUCAGCAGGAUACAUAUUAUAAUUCAAUAUUUACUGUGUAAUUUCAGGAGAAAUGUGGAAUCCAGGACAAUUGAUCAUGAGAUGCCCAAGGAAACUACAGUGAGAGCCAGGAAAAGAAAAGCAGAUGUUGCCAUUGUAAGUCAUUGCUAUCUGCGUAUUGCUACUGUAGCGAGAUGGUUGCCUGCGUAUGUAUUUUUAAGAUGGUUUAAAAUAAUGAACAUUCUCCUUGUUCAAUCCUCAGUAUUUGCAAGACCCAGAUGAAGUGGCAGAGAUGACGAAAAAGAAACUGUGUGGAACUCAGGUAACUACAUGCAUUUGUAUUAUUCCAAUGCAUUCCCUUGCAGACCAUGCAUUUGUUGGAUUUAGCUAGCAACAGACACCCGGCAGUGACCUACACAGGUUAAUCAGGACCAUUCAAUAAAUGACACAAUUGUUUAAUCAGUUGGUAUUGGUGGCACUAUCUCAGAAUCCUCUUCAUGCUGUGUUCGUUUUUAUCAGUCAGUGAACUUUCUUCUCCUCCCCUCUAUUCUUAUCCCUCUCCUGUGCAGGUGUGCUGGAAUCCCGAGUCGGUUUACACAAGCCCGUGCAGGCGGAGCCCCACGCCUGACAAUAAAGUUGAUCAACCAGUUGCCUUGAGCGCCACUGGAUUUUCUACUCAGUACACCUUCAAAAACAUAUUUGUCACCCCCACCAGGUCUUCUCCUCUUCCUGUGCUAUGGUUAGUCACUUCAGGUAUCUGGGACAACGUGAGCAAGAUGCUGCAAAAUAACAGGAGUGGUUACUUGCCACGUUUUGAUAAUUUUAUGAUUGUCAUUAGAUUGCUUGAACUCUGCACUUACACUGUCAAAGGCCAAGCAUUAUGAUGACCAAUGUCUUCAUCUGUUUCAUUUGAAUGUAACACACACAAUGUAGUCCUUACCACUAUCGUCCAAGAGUGUAGAGUCUGCUGUUAUAAGAAUGGCUAUCCCACCUUGCCACUCAUAGUAUAUGUACCUGUAUACUGUUUAAUCUUAAAGUUCUGUGUUUGCACUCUCUGAAUCUCUAGUUAUAAAUACAAAUGAACUAGAUGCUAACCCUCUGGAUGUGUUUCUCUUUGUAGCUGGGCAAGCAGAGACGAUGUAUGGAACAACCUGUUGAAGAAAGACAAGACGUAUUCUCGAGACAUCCACGUCAUGAAAAAACACCCACACCUCCAACCCAAGAUGAGGGCUAUUCUUCUGGACUGGCUAAUGGAGGUUUGUAGCACUCUCCGUCUCAAACUCCUAGACUAAAUUCCUCUCCCACAGUGUAUCUACUACUUUGAUCAAAACCCUCAUGUUGUUACUUGAUCAGUUGUUUAUCUUAAGGUGGUGAGUGGAUUAGUUUGACCAAUAGAUGUAUGGUCCCAGUUAACUGUAAGUCAGUUAGUUUGCGUCCAUCUGUUUACAAUAUUAGCAUAACCUAUUGGAGAAAUGGCUGUCAGGUGAUGAGUAUUACCUGCGCUCUAACUGAUUCUAAGGGGAAGCCUAGUAACUGAAUGCAUUCAACCGAAAUGUCUUCCGCAUUUAACCAAACUCUGAAUCAGCAUUGAUCUUGAAGUUGGAUCGUUUCAAUCAUAUAUGGUAUAGAGAACCAUGAUCAAUGCUGUUACAUGGGGAUAUCUUCCUUCGCUACUCUGUGAUAUUGCCUAGGACUUGUAUUCUCAACCUUGUUUUCUCUCUCUCAGGUGUGCGAGGUGUACAAGCUACACAGAGAAACCUUCUACCUGGCUCAGGAUUACUUUGAUAGGUUCAUGGCCACACAGACCAAUGUUUUCAAGUCAACACUACAGCUCAUCGGCAUCUCUUCUCUUUUUAUAGCUGCCAAGAUGGAGGUAGGAAGUAGCCUCUUCUACAACCUGUGUUUAGUCGUUUUCUUAAUUCUCCACUUUGUAUUUCGCAGAGUCAGAUUUUUAACAUGUUUACUAUUUCUUUUUCAGGAAAUCUACCCUCCAAAGGUGCACCAAUUUGCCUAUGUUACUGAUGGGGCCUGCACUGAGGAUGAUGUCCUAUGUAUGGAGCUAAUCAUUAUGAAGGUAUGCCUCUCAAACACUUCCGUCCCAGUUUUUCUCAGUACGGAUGGGUAAUGCAAAUCCUUAGGUAGUGUUGUGAAGCUUGUUGAGACAUGAGCAACGUUUAGCCGUUACUGUUAGAUCCCGGGCUGUAUCACAACCGGCCGUUAUCGGGAGUCCCGUAGGGCGGCACACAAUUGGCCCAGCGUCGAUAGGGGGAGGGUUUGGCCGGGGGGGGGCUUUACUUGGCUCAUCGUGCUCUAGCGACUCCUUGUGGCGGGCCGGGCACCUGCAGGCUGACCUCUGUCGUCAGGUGAAGUGUUUCCUCCGACUCAUUAGAGUGGCUGGCUUCCGGGUUAAGUGGGCGGGUGUUAAGAAGCGUGGAUUGGCGGGUCAUGUUUCGGAGGACGCAUGACACUACCUUCGCCUCCUGAGCCCGUUGGCCGUUGCAGCGAUGAGACAAUAUUGAAAUUGGGGAGGAAAGGGGGGUAAAAUAAGCCCCCCCUCCUCCCUAAUGAGGCUCUGUCACUAAUGGUAGUUGCUGUCUAACUUGAUAGUACACGUUUCUUCUGAGUCUCCUAAUAUCUGAGCUGGGGAACACUUCUCUGUGGAAUGAAAUCAUAAUGUGGCUCAUGUUUCUAUUGUGUCCCCCUUUGCUCAGGAGCUGAAGUGGUGUUUGAGUCCCCUGACAGCUGUUUCCUGGCUAAACAUCUACAUGCAGGUUGCCUACCUGAAAGAGUCUGAAGAGGUUCUCAUCCCACAGUACCCACAAAAUACAUUUGUACAGAUUGCCGAGGUAAGGUUACAACUGAGAUUUCCCGCCACUGCAUGUGAUUCAUAGUAUCUUCCAAAAAAAUAUACCUAGGAAGAUCAACAAGGCAAAAUAUCAUGUUAUUUCUCACCGAUGACACUGCUGCUGCUUAAACAAGAUGGAUUUGUAAGACUGAAUGGUUUCACAUUUCCUCUCCUUAGAACGGCUCAUUGCCUCAAGUCACUAUUGUAGAAGUACAUAUGCAGUGUUACUGUGCUCGUGUUGUCAUUUUUAUUUUCCUAUUGUUUCUCUCCAUAGCUCCUUGAUCUUUGUGUGUUGGAUGUGAAAUGUCUGGAGUUCUCCUACGGAGUGCUGGCUGCCUCUGCCCUGUUCCAUUUCUCCUCGCUGGAGCUGGUGGAGAAAGUUUCAGGUAGGGUGUUUUCAUUCUGAAGUGGUUCAUGUCAAUCAACAUCUUCAAUCUGACCACUGAGCUAUGGUGGUUUGGUAGACUUGCCAAGGGUGUUUUUAGCCCUAACCAGACCCCAUUUGUCUUGAUCUGUGCAGCUCUGAAGUGGUCAGAUGUUGAGGAGUGUGUGAGGUGGAUGGUCCCCUUUGCCAUGUCCAUCAGAGAAGUGGGCAGCUCAACCCUGAGGAACUUCAAAGGAAUCCCAGCAGAUGACAUGCACAACAUUCAGACCCAUGCUGCCUAUCUGGACUGGAUGGUGAGUGCCUCGUUUGUUAUUUGUAUGGUUUUCAACCACAAUGUCCUAUACCAAUGUGUGGCAUUGCUUCAUGCUGUGCAGAGUGAAUAUUUUUCCCUCCGAUUGUUUCUUGUGUGCAAUGGCCCACAGCUCUUGACUGAAGUAUCAGUUGCAGCCUGUAUUGAGAGUUCUGUUGGUUUCUUUAGGCGAAGGCAUGCUCCUACCCACAAGUGGACGUAGAUCGCAGCCAGAGUUCUCCAGUACCGUCCGGAGUGCUCACUCCACCCCCAAGCAGCGAGAAACCAGAGGGCACAGUCUGUUGAUAUCCAUUGGGUUAGUAUGGGCACGGGCUGAGGAAGUCUCAUGACGGGACCAAGAUAUUGGAGGAUUGGGAGAAAUCCAUGGCAUUACACCAACAAGUCCUCGUGUGAUUUUUCUACAUGUGUGCAUGUGUUAUUCCAUGAGUUGUUUUGGUGCAAAGGUGAAUGGACAUUUUUGGAUAUCUGCCUUUUUUGAGUGAGUGACAGUUUUUUAAAAUUGGAGUAAUGCCAAGCUGGACCACCUGCCAAAAACCCAGAGUUGUCACCGGCUCUGAGUGCUGCUAAAGAAGGUGGACUUGGAUUGACUGAGGAACAGUGGAUGGAUGUGUGGAUGUAGCUCACGCUUGCCAUUUUGAGAAAGAUAAUACUGGCAGGUUUGGCUUGGGUACCAGUAGCUCUGCUGCCAAAAUGGACAAGUGGAACAGCCUGCUUCAGAAGCGGAAAUAUGGAUUGUAUUUAAGAUUUUAACUUGGCAACUUUUCUCUAGCAUUCAAGUUUUUACCAAAAUGUAUGAUAUUUUUGUUUUGAAAUGAGAUGCUGCUACUUAUCUUAUUUUUUUUAAAUAAAGUCACUGUCGCAGACAGCUUUUCUGUUUUACAAUGUUGUGUGUCUUGGCUUUGUCCAGGGACAGGGAUUGUAGC